CACAUACGCGGCGGGGGGAAGUGGUGGCGGGACCCGGCAGUUACAUGGAGCUGUCCCGGGUCACUACAGCAGCGGUGGCCUCGGUAAACCCAGAGCAGGCUAAUGGGCUAAUGGGGCAGUGCCUCCAUCCAAAUAUGUAACAACCACUUCUGUGGCUUUGGGGCCUACUUGGAAAAACCCUCCGGUACUCCUCCUUCUUCACCAGCAACUGGAGUUACAGUACAGUGAAUAACCGGAAUACGAGCAAGAAAGUGAACUCAACACGAUGUCGGCACCACUUCCAGCAGCCAUCACACAAGACAUCCAGGUGGACGCGACCAAAUCGGUAAAGGCAAUAAUCAAACCCCCUAACGGAGGGUCAGGUGAGGUCGUGUCCACAGGUACGUACAAUGCUUUAUAUCACGCACAAACAAAUGUACCCCAUAUUGUAAGACCAAAACAAGGUGAUGUAAUUGAGUUUAGUCCUGUCAGGGUGAUCACAGUCCCCAAUGGGAAGACUGACGAUCAGGGAACCAUUCCCGUCCAGGACAGUGCAAUGCGCUGUCCCUGGUCCCGGACCGAAUUGAGAUCAAUUAUGUCCGAAUUUCCUGAUCCAAGGAAAAAUCUAGUCGCAUGUCAAAGGUUCAUUAAAGAACUAGGAAACUCAACAGAACCCACCAACAAAGAUUGGCGGACAGUGCUGAGGGCAUGUUUGCCCUCCAGUGUUGACCCUGCGAAAUUUAUUACUGAUUGUCAAUUAGACACAGAAGUACCUCAAACAGAGGAACACAAUCAGGAAUGUAUUAAGCAGAUAAACCAACAGUUGGAAGUAUAUUUCCCUGCCGUUGUCAAGUGGAAUGAAAUCUUCUCCAUAAGACAAAACGAAAGGGAAAGUAUUUCCAAUUAUUUCAAUCGAGCACUGCAAGUAAUGGCUAGGAACACUGGGAUCACAGACAUCAAAACAUGUGCACAGCAUAGAGAAAUAGCGGUUAAGGUAUUAAUGAAUGGUUUAAAGGAGGUAUUGAGAACAAGGGUACAGACCACCAACCCAAACUGGAGAAAUAUCUCAGUGGCCGCAUUAAGAGAGGCCGCUAUUGAUAUUGAUCGAAAUACCACCAGAUACAGAGAGUCACAAAGUGAUAAAUUAAUGGCCGCAAGUAUACAGGCCCUAACCACAAGACCACUCCAGCAUAAGCCCCAAACCCCUGCGAGAAAUUCAAAUGUGGAAGUCUGUUACAAUUGCCAGAAGGAAGGUCAUUUUGCAAGAGAUUGUAGAUCAGGAAGUAGACAAAAGUCACAUCAGCCCCCUAGACAACGACAUAAUCAUAAUAUCCAAGAAACCAGGGAAGCACAGGGAAAACGGUUGAUGGCGAUGAGCAUCCGAGCGUUUGAGGAGGCAUCAAAUCAACCAAGACCUCAGGUCAUUGACACUUGGAGGAAACCCAGGGUUUGUUAUCAUUGUAGAAGAGAAGGGCAUUAUGCCAGCGACUGUAAUAACCCACAUAAAGUCAGACCCCCUAGACCAAGAAAUGAGCAAAAUUAAAACACACACAAUUAUAAACAGGGAUCAUAUAGGAAGAAUUUUGAGCCACACCCAUAAUGUGCAAUCAAGAAAGGUGAUCAUUAGGACUGAUGGUAAGCCUGAGGUUAUAGUUAAUAAAUUGGGAGGUCAUUCCCUGAAGACACAGGAAUGACCGGGUGAAACGUUGUAAAUGUAUCUGUGAAAUGUUUCUUUUUCUCUCUCCCCAUCUCUGACGAUUAUUGGUAGGAUUCAAACAUUACAUAUAUACUCGGUCUUUGCAGAAGUCUACCAAACCCCAGCAUGACCUAUCCGCAUCAAUGUAUUCUGGCCAGAUACAGACAAUGGAAUGUGGAAGUGCUGGGGGGGAGGGACUGCGCAAGGAAACCAUUGGACAUGUAGAUAUGACAGCCUGAUGAUCUGACAAUGUUUUAGAAAAUGUUUAUGUUGAAAAAUGUUUCUUUCUUUUUCUGGUGUUUAUUGAUGUGUUAUGUUAUAUAUACAUAUAUGAAUUGUUCUCUCUCUCUCUUUUGUUUUUUUCCUCUUCUCACUCAUGUUUUAAAGAUGGUAUGUCACACCUCAGUUAGACAAAUGGCAAUGCAAGAUUUUUUUUUCUCCUUACAGAAAGAUCGCUGGUUUGGAGGGAAAAUUGCAUCACCGGAAUGUUCGUUUGGAAGACUGAGAGACAGCACCUUUGAGAUGACAGCAGAACAAGAAGAACAACAAGACUAGAGAACUUAAUUAUCGUGACAAGUUUCUCUCCCCCUCAAACUGUUUUUUUCUGUACCCCCAUUACAAAUUUCUUCUUUUCUCCUCCUGUAAGAUGGACUUGCCCAAAGAGACUGUGAUAUGGAUUUUCCUGUUGACCAUGAUGUUGACCAGAGCAGUCUGUUCCGGCGAGAGUACCAUGGAGGUCGAGAAAGGAUCCAGAAAGGUUCCGAUGACUGAGACGGAGGUGUAAAUUUCCAAUAGCAAUACAACCACCAAGCAAAAGGCGAGUACCAGAAACGAUCUAGCCAUGUUAGUUGUAAACAUUUUUCUCUUAAGGAUUGUUAGCUGAAAAGAGAACUGUAUCUGUAGGCUCUGUGACAAUGUAGUUGAGGAUGGGUGCAUAAAGAAAUGCCAAUCCAGUUUUAAUAUCCAUAUGGACCGGCAUCCAUUGAGUGACUAUCACUCCUUAGUGGGUAGUGUGUUAAAUCAAACAGAUUGUUGGGUAUGCUCUCAAGUACCUCAAGGUCAUAGCAAAUCAGGGCUAGUACCAUUUCCUUUAACGGUAGGGGAGGUACUUGAGCUAAAGGGUAGGAGACCGGUGGACAGGAGGUUUAAUAUCUCCAGUCCUCCUAGUUUGAAGCUCCACCAAUAUCAUGUGGAUAGAUCCCUCAUAUGUUUUAACAUUUCCAAUCCCCGAAAGCCGGGAAAUUGGGAAGUGUCAUGGAGUAAUCAAACCAUGACCUUUUCGCAUAGAGCAGAUAGAAUGCCUACAGAUACAGAGCUUAUACGCCACAUAGCCAGUAGAGGAAAAUCUUUCCGGUAUAGGUAUACCCUAGGAAGUAGGAUUACGAGAGUUGGAGAGGUAUCACUAGGAUACAGUGCACAGAUCGUCCAAACUGAUAGGUGUACUAAGCAGAUGGAAGAAUUAGGGUUAGGAGAUUUCACAUGGAAGGUGUGUAAUAGGGUUAUGUCCUAUUCCGUCCCAUAUGUUCUCCCCGAUGAUGCAUAUUUCAUAUGCGGGAGAAAGGCGUAUAAAGUGGCUUGCCCCAAACUCUGAAGGAUUGUGUUAUAUUGGAAAAGUACUACCUGAGGUAAUGAGUCUAAGGAGUGAGGAAACUGUAAUUCCAAUGGACAUGAUUUAUGACCCAAAUGUAGAAACAAUAAUGUGAUGAAAAUGCGAUUUCUACGGUCCGUUUCUUUCACCUGUUUUUCCGUUUCCUCCAAGGUAAAAAGACCCACUUGGACGAGGAAUUUGAUGAGCCGAUAUACAGACAACAGAGGGAUUAAAGAAGAAGUUUUGACAA